AUGACAAUUUGCCCAAACCAUCAAUUGAAUCUUGGUGUGGGCUGGAGUAGGGGUGGAAACACUAGAUGCAGAGUUCCCGAAGCAAUGUCAGGACAUGGCAAAGGUGGGAAAAGAUGGCCAAAAGCUGAGGGGCUUGAUAAGGACGAUUCAUUAUACAUAUUUAAGACAACUGGAGUUUUUGUUGCAGUAGGUUCCGGUAAGUAUUCAUAUUCUUCUUGAAUCCUCUGCCCAGUUGUACGAAGGGUGGAUAACGUUAUCCAGCCGACAAAUCCUUAUCCAGUGGAUGGAAUCUAAACAAAAAUAAUAGAGCAGAUAAUUUUAUCCCGCGCUCGCUGGAUAGUGCUAUCCAAGCUUCGUACACUCAGGGCCCUGUUGUUCAAUAAACUAUUUGCUGGAUGUGAAAUGAUUAACUGUUCUAUUGAUUGUUUAGGUGUAUGCUCAAACUGCCGAAAAAUGUUAAAGCAUACCAGCGAUGAAGAAACCGACUUGUGCGCCAUGUUAAAUAAAAUGUCUACGGUAAGAUACAAAUAUAUUGGUAAUAUAUAAUCAUGUACAAAAGAGGCUAAUGCCCAUUGGUAAUAUUUAACAAUUAUUCGCCGAAGGCGAAGUUAACAUUGUUGAAUAAUCCCCGAGACGAAAUCGACGGGAUUAUUCAACAAUAUCAACUGAGCGUGAGGUGAAUAAUUGUUUUAGUAUAUUCACACGAAGUGAUCUCAAAAUAAUCAGAAAGGAAACCAUUUAAAAAAAAAAGGAUCAGUUUGAUUGACGGGUAAUUCAUGCGUGAACACGAAGCCGUAAACAAUGGUUGUGCAAAAGUUAGAUCUUUACAGUAUCUUCAAACAUGGCAAAUGAUAGUUUUAAUCUUUUUGUAUCGAUUUUUGUAAACUUUAGCAUCAACAGUAUAAAAUAAAACGGCGAAAAUUUAAAUUAUCACUCAAUUCAGAGAAGAAAAGUAGAGCUUUAUUUGUUUCUGUCAACUCACCGUGAAUGAGAAAGUUUUUUUGUCUCUUCUUCUUUCGGCUACGAUCAAGGUGAGCAUUGUUGUUUGUACGAGUCAGACGGAGUGGCCCCACCCCAAUAUGUCAUUUUUUUACGUCACGUGAUACCCACCAGCCAUCGGAGCUACCCAUAUAGAGGAGGGCAGAACCAUAGCAUUCGUAUUUAAUAAACUGCUCGCAGUGUGCAGAGAUAUCCAGAAGGCCAGCCACUUGUGGAACACUAGUUAUUCUUGCUCCUAUGUAAUGAACGUUACGUACGUAGCUUCUAGAAGCACCAUAGUCGUUAACCAGUGUCCUAGACUCACUGUUGUGACUGACGACUGACACGCCAACUCCGUUUUUGUCUGUCAUGUCACAGUAAACAGUGAAGGGUGGGUAGCCGCCAUCUCCAUCUGGAUCGAUAACAUAAGAGCCACUUGUGGCUUGAGGACUGUAUAGUUUUAUUUCACUGCAGGUUUUUCCUGAAUUGAAAUAAACAAAACUUAGUGUUACUAAAAGGCAAUAACCAAUAAUUAAAGGAAAAAUACGUGCUUCAUCAUCUCUCAGGGCAGUUCAAGUGCUAUGUGGCCACUUUCGUUUCCCGCUACCCGCUUUUUCUAUGCCAUACUGACAAUCUCGAAUUACAGCUGUCCAUGGCUACCGCUACCAAGGUGAUAUAAAUGUACAAAUGCGUAAAGUAUUGACGCGCGAGCGCGGUGCAGUCACAUGAGCAUUGUUUGUCUGCAGUGUUCUUUGCCUUGUUAACUCGCUGGCACGAACAAUUUUCGAAAAUAUUUGCCUUCCUUUUUUCUCCAUAAAUUAAAUUCUAUUAAGAGGCAAAACUGGUCUUGCGAGAAAAUCCUUAAAUCACAAAACAGUGACAAAGCGACCUCGUUUUCCUCUGUAGAGGCAAACAUAGCUUCGAGUGUACAAAAAGUCAAACCACUUCACAAUAAAUCACGCUGUUUAAACAUCAUCAAGUCUUUUCUUACCUUCAAAGUCAGCAACACUCGGAUAUUCUCGUAUUUUCAAAAAGUUCUUACUAUGAAAGUUUGGCAAAACACCCAGUUCACGACAGCGAUUUUGUUCUGCGAUUUUGUUCAGCCCAACCGGAAAAGGUAUCGCGUGCCAAUGUGCAUAAUAGAGAAACUACUCUAUAAUCAUUUGUUUUAUCAUUUUUUUUCUUCAUCUAUUAUCUAUUAUCUUUAUCUAUUAUCUAUCAUUGUAAUAAACAGACAAUAGAGAUUAGAGUCACCCGUACAUGAUAUAUGACGCGGCUCAGUGGUUGAGCUCUCUGUGAUCAUAAAUUCAUAAACCUGGUAUGACGAACUGUCCAAGUAAAUUUAUCCGCAGUAAAAGAGAGGGGAUGAAGCACAGUAAUGUCAAUGUUGCUAAAUGAUAUUUUGUUUUCAACAGGAUGAUGACGAGGAAGUGACAAUCAACCCCAAGCACUCAACUCCUUGUCGUCAUCUUUCAGAAAGUGAAAUAAGCCAAUCGACCCCUUACACUCCACGGUUUGAAGA